UCUAAGUCUGUGCAGAGCGGCUUUUCGAGUUGUGCGCUACGUUGACUUUUGUAGUUUUUGAUAUCCAAUCUUAGUAUAAUCUUAUCUGACUCCUUUUGAAAGAUAAUAUGUCCACUCGCAAUCCGUCUCCACCUCCGGACUAUGACGACAGUGCCAAACAAGUUGAUAUGAUAGGUGAUACAAUAUAUAGCAGACGUUGGCUUUUCUCGUUGCUAAUUAAAUUUCUGGAAAAGGUUAAUAGUGAAACAUCUGCAACUUGGAUGAAUUCUGACGAAGAUCCUUCUUGUAAGGAGUUAGAUACAGAACUAGAAGAGCAACUUUGUUGCCUAUGGGAUCUUACAGUCAAUCGUGAUGUCCUUAAAUAUCUCGAUGAAUUUGAAAUCGUCUCAAUAUUUAAUAAUGCUUUGGGGAAUGUACAAAACCCCAGAUUACUGGAAAUUAUAGUGGGGAUUUUGGGGAAUCUAGCAUAUGACCCCGUUGCCUGCCGUAAAAUGAGCGAAAGUGAAUCGUUCAUUGUCCGUGUUAUAAAUCUACUUUACUCAAGGGAUACACCCGCACUGAUUGAAACAUGCAGAUUGAUUCAAACUGUUCUUGCCUCUGAUGAAUAUAGAACGCCUUGGCUAAAUGAGAUUCGAUUCCAACCAGAGUUUUUCGAGAAUGUGCUUUUUAUUCUGAAAAGCUCGACUAAUGCCACACUUUUAAUAGGUACAGUACGUCUUAUCGAUGUCAUUACCAGAGAAGAUGAUAGUUUGGCUGAGGUUUGGUGUGGCGAACAACUUCUUACGGCAAUAUUGAUAGCUCAGCACCAAAUGAAGUGGCUCCAUGGCAGUGAAGUCGAAAUCAUACAUCGUCUGCUUUAUACGUUUUCUUCUAAUGUAAAUGGCGUGUCAGCUCUAGUUAACUCAUUUCCAGAAGUCCUGCCUACAUUUGGUGUUUACUUGCGUAAAGUUUGUGAAGAUGCACCUCAUGUGAUUCACUUUGUCACAUACUACAAUAGUUUAAGAGCUAUCAUUCCGGUAAUAGAUGUCGUCAUAGCUAGCUUACCAUGCAUGGAUGCUAUGUGUUGUUAUUUAUCCGAUCCACAUAUUCUUCCUUCUUUAAUACAUAUCGCUUGUGGUUGUCAAAAACAAAAAUCCGAAUUACCUUUAGUUCGUGGAAUUUUGGCCGAUUUAAAUGUACUAUUUAAAGACAUUAUCAAAUCAAUCAGUUCAAGUUUAGAAACAAUGGAUGAUUUCAGCAUAGCACCGUUAACUACAGGCGAAUUACAAUGGUUAAAAAAUUUAGAAAAUGAUGAUCAACUUGGAUUUCGUGAAGCUUUUACAAAUUGUUGUUUGAAUGAUGGAGAUUCUGAAACGAAAGCUUGUCUUAUUUCUGUAUGUAAUCGAUUAAAGUUGCCGAAAAUUUUGGAAUCAGUUACAACAGAUGAUUGAAUGUACAAAAUGAAAUAUUGUUUUAAAACACUUAUUCACAGCUAAAAGAAUAUACGGGAAACAAGGAAAAAAAAUGUAAUAUAGACAGAUUUUAUGAAAUAAAAAACCCAACCAAACUUAAUUUUCCUUCGUAGAUUUUUUUUUACAGUUUGAUUAAAUACUUUAUAUUACCA